GAGAAGAGAAAAUCCCACUGCUGGCCUGUAUUGAUCCUUGUCAUCCAGUCUUUUGGAAGCCAGCCAUCCCAGAGUACAACACAGUAACAGCUGAUAGCUGAAGAGUGGAUACAUUGUUUUCAAAGAUCACAUUUUACUUAUUUCUGAAAUAGAUGCUUUACUAUGGAGCUAACCUGUUUGGUUUAAAGUGGUAGAAUCUCCCAUCAGCAUCAAGUAAACAAGACACACUUGUGCUGCCCUGAUACUUCAGAGGAAGAUAGACCUCUGAGCUGUUGCUAUGGCACAAUAUUAUACACCCCGCCCCGCUGUAACACCUGCCUCUGGGUUCAGUGCAGGAAAUGAUGGUGUGGCACUCAGGGAGGCAAUGAAAGGCUUUGGCACAGAUGAACAAGCUAUUAUUGAUAUCCUUACAAAACGUUCAAACAACCAGCGUCAACAAAUAGCCAAGUUCUUUACGGAGGAAUAUGGCCGAGACUUGAUUGAGGAUUUGAAAAGUGAGUUAGGUGGGCAUUUUGAAGAUGUGAUAGUCGCACUGGUCAUUCCUCCGGGUGACUAUUUGUGCAAACAGCUGCACAGGGCAAUGGAAGGGAUGGGAACUGAUGAACACACGCUGAUUGAGAUUCUGUGCAGCAAGAGCAACAAGGAAGUGAAAGAAAUUGUGGAUGCCUAUGAGAGAUUGUAUGAUCGCCCAUUGGCAGAGCAUAUGUGCAGUGAAACAUCUGGAGACUUCCGACGCCUCCUGACUCUUAUUGUUACUGAGAAACGGGAUGAGAAUCGCACACCCUCCUCUGAGUACGCCGUCACUAUGGCCACUCAGCUCCAUGAGUCAGGCGAGCUGAAAGUCGGAACAGAUGAAGAGGUCUUCAAUAGGAUCAUGGCUCAUGAGAGCUUUCCUCAACUGAAGCUCAUAUUUGAAGAAUAUAAAAAUGUAUCUGGACGUACCAUUGAACAAGCAUUGGAAGCAGAAUUGUCAGGAGAAUUACUGGAAGCAAUGUUGGCUAUAGUUGAGUGCGUUCAAAGUCCACCAGCUUUCUUUGCCAAGCGACUCCACAAGGCCAUGGCAGGAGGAGGAACUGAGGAUGUUGAUCUCAUUCGUAUUAUUGUGAGCCGCAGUGAGAUUGACUUGGAAAGUAUCAAGCAGGAAUAUGAGCGACUGUAUGACAAGACUCUGGAGAGUGCUGUCAGGAGUGAAACAUCUGGAGACUACAAAAGGGCGCUGCUGUCAUUGAUUGGUGGUCCGUGAAGUAGCAUGGAGAGUUGCAAUUCCGGAAUUCUGGUGAAACCCCAAUGUACGAUAUGUCGUGUUUUAACUCAUCGUUAUUUUAAUUGUAAUUAUUUCAGCAUUAGGAUUCAUAUAUUCAGUGGGAUAUAAUUCAUUUGCAGAAUAAUGGAAGUGUUAAGCCACUUCCUGACAAGCAUGUGUUCUGUACUGUCUUAUUGUCAGUAUUACCACUGACACGACAGUUUCAUGUGAAGUUUUUAAAAUGUGUUGACAUUCAAUAUUACUAUUUAGACUAUAGUAGUAGAUGGUUCUAUCAUAUGGUCUAGGCAUGAUAGAAGGAUGGCUUUAGUAAUUUCUUUCAUGUAUUGUUGGAAUAAAGUUGCAUUUAAGGAU